AUGCCUGCGCGCACUCGUCAAGGCCCCCCCGUCGCUACGGAGGACGCGGAGCCUGAAGAAAUCACCAGUGGUCUUCGUCGCCUCCGAUUCAAUGAACCAUUAUCGUGGCGCGUUGGACGAGGGGCCAUUCCUAUAGCAGAUCUGCUCCAACGCCUACAGACCCUUGCGCAGGAACUUCGCAAGCUCGAACAAGAGGAGGUAGAGAAGGAUUCGCUGAAAAAGGUCUCGCAGGAGCUAGCGACCGCUCAGCUCCUCGGACACAAGGAUAAGGGUGUUCGAGCUUGGGCGACGUGCUGUAUUGUUGAUGUUCUUCGACUCUGCGCUCCUGACGCGCCAUUUACGGCCAACCAGCUCAAGGAUUGUUUUACUUGCAUCGUGACCUCGAUCAUUCCCGCUCUCGGGGACCCCUCUAACACAUACAAUGCUCAACACAUUUAUGUGCUAAACUCCCUUGCGGAGGUCAAGAGUAUCGUCCUUAUGACAGAUUUAGAUCAGCCAGACUCGUUGAUCAUCCCACUAUUCACUAGCUGCUUUGACAUCGUCUCGGGAUCUUCGAAAUCUUCUUCGGGUGAGGAAAUCGCCAAGAACGUUGAGUUUGACAUGACUCGCCUACUGGUCACGGUAAUCGAUGAAACGCCGGCACUUGCUACCGAAGUAGUAGAUGUUAUCGUGGCUCAAUUUUUGCGCGUUGACCCUCGCAUUCUGGAGUUACCUGGUGCUAAGAAAGGGAAGAAGACCAAUACGCCGCUUGAUGCGAGUCAAGGGACACUGCUUCUGAAGGACUAUCCUCCCGCGUACAAUAUGUCCAAGGCGAUUUGUCAAGCGUGCCCUGAGAGAAUGACCAGUCACAUCAGUCAGUAUUUUAACAAUGUUAUCAUCGAUGCCUCCGCUUCUAAGAAAGAGGCAUCGAAGAAUCCUAAUCGCCGAUAUACCCUUGAUGAGUCGGAAGAGGAGGGAGAUGAUAUUAAGGAGUUAGGCAAAGCCCAUCGUCUCAUCCGCGAACUUUGGAAGGCCUGCCCAGAGGUUUUGCAGAAUGUGGUCCCCCAGCUCGAGGCCGAGCUGUCGGCCGAAUCAGUUUCCCUGCGUCUACUCGCUACGCAAACAAUUGGUGACUUAACCUCUGGAAUUGGUGUUUCCGGGCCACCUCCCUCUCCCCCCAUGGAUCCCGCCAUCUACCCCCCUGUGAAAUUGGCAGAAUAUGCGCAAACGGUCCCUCAGCCAACCGUUGUCCUGACGCCAUUUUCUCCCAAACCAUUCUCUCAGGCGCACAGCUCGACCUAUGAGAGCUUUCUAAGUCGACGUCUUGAUAGGUCCGCUUCCGUGCGGGCGGCAUGGGCGACUGUCGUGGGCCGGAUCCUGCUGACGUCGGCCGGUGGCUCUGGCUUGAGUGACAAUGAGGAGCAAGUGCUCAUCAAGCAUCUGGCGUCUCUGCUGCGGGACGCGGACGAGAAGGUUCGGGUGGCGGCAGUAGAUGCGGUUGCAAAUUUUGGUUUGUCUCAUAUUGUACUAAAAUUGGGAGCCGGUGGCGGCUUUUCGUCUUCAGAUUCAAUACUUUAUAUCCUGGCAGAGCGUGUCAAGGAUCGAAAACCUCAUGUGCGAGAGCGUGCAAUGCGGACUCUGGCCCGGAUCUGGGCUGUCGCGGCAGGCGAAAUUGAGCAGGACAAUGAUCAAGUUGUCUCCCUUCUUGGGGACGGACCGUCAAAAAUCUUGGACGCGUUUUACACGAAUGACCCGGAUAUACAUGUAUUAAUCGAUCGUGUUCUCUUUGAAAUUCUCCUUCCGCUUAAUUACCCUCCGAUCAAACCGAAGUUGUCACGCUCAGGCUCAAGCCAUUCACAAAAGCAGAAGGAUUCACAGACUACAGAUGGCGAUGGAGAGAUCGAUGUGGACAAGGUCCGCGUCCGUCGCAUUCUCACUCUAACCAGGGGAUUGGAUGAUAAAGCAAAGAAGGUUUUCUUCGCAAUGCAGGCCCGACAAUUACAGAUGAGGACAGCGGUCACUAUAUACCUCCAAGCCUGUGAGGAGUAUAAUGGCGGCGUAAUGGAAAAAGACGAACAACGAAUCAAGGCCCAAGUCACCCGCGUUAUUGACGGUCUGUCUAAAAUCUUCCCUGAUGCGUCGCGUGCGUCUGCGGAUCUGUGGAAAUUUGCCAAGGUGCAUGACCGACGAAGCUACCAGCUCAUUCGCUUUGCAAUGGCUGCGGUCAGUGACUAUCGCACAGUCGUCAAGGCGAUCAGGGAAUUUGUGAAGAGAACACAGGGCGCCAAUAACGCUCCUCUACUCGAAACACUCACGCCACUGCUGUAUCGAUGCAGCUCGCUUGUGUUCAAUCGGAGUCACAUACCAGCGAUCAUUAACCUUUCAAGGACAGACGAGAAUGGUCUAGCGAGCCCUGCGCAUGAACUGCUGCGAGAAAUUUCUUCUCGAAAUCCUGAAGUGCUAGAGGCCCAGGUCCAAGAAAUGUGCAAAGAUAUUGAAUCGCAGGCGCCGAAGGCCUCAACGACAAACGCCGCCGGGACUGAGGAGAUUCUCAAGGCCUGCUCAGGUUUUGCGAAGAAACUCCCGGCAAAACUCCCCAAGGAGCGCAAAUUUUACCAGUCUCUUGUCGACUACGCCCUUUACAGCCCAUCCCCGCGGGCUGCCAAACAUGCUGUCUCGAUCUUGAUGGCCACCGCAGAUAAGAAGGAGAUGUACGCCAGGGAUCUAAUCCGGAAAUGUGUUUCGAAGUGGACCUUUGGAUCAGACAAGUUUCUCACCAAGCUCGCUACCCUGUCUCAAUUGAGCCUUCUGGCCCCAGACGAAGCGGAUGGCGAAAGCGACUCUAUAAUCUCAAUUGCUGUGAAUCAGAUCUUGCUAUCAAACCGGUCUCCUCAGUCAAAUGCAGAUUAUGUCUGGUCAGACAACGUGGAUGACGAGACGUCUGCCAAGGAAUGGGCACUCAAGAUAGUUGUCAACCGUUUGCGUGCUAAGGGAGGCGCAGAUGGGGAGGAAGACUUCCGCGCUCAUGCAGAGCCUGUCUACGAUACCUUGAAUAAGCUUGUAGCUAAUCAAGGCGAGUUGUCGAAGAAAAAGGACACCCCAGCGGCACAAAAACCUCGACUACGCCUUCAAGCGUCCAAGUCAAUACUCAAAUUGUGCGCGUCCCACACUCUCUGUGAUAGGCUAUAUGCACCUCGCGACUUCAAUGCAAUUGCGCUAGUGGCCCAAGACCCCAUUCUAGCUGUACGAGAAGGAUUCAUCAACCAGCUGAAAAAACAGCUAGUGCAGAACACUUCUUUAAGCUAUCGGUGGUAUACUAUCCCGUUCCUGCUAGCGUUCGAGCCCACUCCGAGCUUGAAGGACAGCACACUCACUUGGCUACGAUCUCGAGCAGCAUUCUUUGCUCAGCAGGGCAGUAGCAAGAAAGCCGAUCAGACAGCCAUGGAAGCCGUUUUCUCUCGUUUGUUAUCUCUUCUUGCUUACCACCCGGACUACCCACCAGCCGAGCUUGACCAGGCCACUAAGUUGGCCGAUCUGACCGACUUCGCGCGCUAUAUCCUUUUCUAUCUCUCCGCUGUCGCCAAUGAGCAUAACUUGUCUCUAAUAUUUCAUAUCGCCCAACGUGUCAAACAGGCACGGGAUGGCAUUACCAAGUCAAAUGAAAUCACCACCCGUCUCCAUACGCUUUCUGAUCUGGCACAAGCGACCAUCCGUCGGUUCGCUGAUAUUUACUCGCAACAACGCAAGUUCGGCGGGGGGUCGGCCGGUGCCACUAGCAUCCUACAGACGUACCCGGGGAAGAUGGGCAUCCCAAGCUCGAUAUUCGCUGCAAUGGGCAGCCAUCAGGAAGCGCAAGAAGUGGCGGAGAAGAAUUUCCUUCCUGACGAUGCGGAUGAACUACUUGAUCGUCUUGUACGAUCUAUAUUAAAGACUAAAGGAGGGUCCCAGAGUCUGGGGACCACUAAAAAGAGAAAGACAAACUCCAACGGACCCAGCGGAGGUGCUGGUUCAGCAAAGAAGGUCAAAAAGGAGAAGGCUCCUCGCAGCCGGAAGUUGUCCACAGGCGCAACCUCGAAAACACCCAAGAAAAAGAAGAAGGCUGAGGAUGACUGGUCCUCAGAUGGUGGAGCUGCUGGCGAAAAAGACUCUUCUGCCAGGAGACGUAGUAGCAGGGGUAACGCCUCGCGGAGAAUCAGCUACGCAGACCGGGAUAGCGAGGAGGAUGAUAUGGAAAUGGACGAAUGGGAUCAAGACAAAAAUGAGAACGAGGGGCCUGAAAACAGCGAAGAGGAGGAGGGAGACGAAGGAGACGAGAAAAGCGAAGCAGACGAUGACGACGACAACAACAUGGACGAGGCUCCCGCGGACCAAUCCGAUAGCGAGGAAGAGGACAAAGAAGAAUCCGAAGCUGCAGGCGAACCUUCAUCGCCACCACCGCCACCAGCAGCAACAAAAAAGACCACAGGAAAACAUGCCUGGAAACCAACCACCACCUCACUACCCACGCGACGAUCCUCUCGGAGAGGAUAA